UUGCCAGCUAACUGUACAUGGUCUAGUAGUGAUACCUUAGUCCAUUAGUAUCUCCCAAAGAGGGAUCAAUCCAGCGGGUACUAUCUCCGACUGCACGUGAUGUACAACUCCCAAUGGGCCCUCGGAACAGGAACUCCAGAUUCACUUAACGCCAUUUACGUAGGCCUCGAGAUAGCAUUGUCAUUUUUGUCCCACUUUCAGGCAAAUCCAUUGGGUAAUCAUACGCACCGGUCAGGCAAUAGUCUGCCUGCUCAAAGACAUCCUCCAUGAAGUCCGUCUACUCGCUUUUGCUGAGCGCUGCUCUCACGGCAGCUUCUCCGCACCCCGCAUUUCCACAAUCACCUCUGGGCGUGCCGACAACAUCGACAUCGUCACCAUUAACUGGGACGUUCAAUUCCGCCGAGGAAGUGAUCAAUGCCUCGCCCUUCCUAUCUUUUCACCGAGAUAUUGUGCAGAUUGAAUCGAUUUCUAGCAACGAGCACAAUGUUGGGGAGUUCAUCGCCAAUUUUCUCCGCGCCCGCAACUUCACCGUCAUUAAGCAGGCAGUAACUUCGUCGUCCCAGGCGGAAAACCAAGAGCGCUUCAAUAUUUUUGCCUACCCGUCUUCCAAUACCCCGGAAAUUCUCCUUACCAGUCACAUCGAUACUGUCCCACCGUUUAUCCCGUACUCCCUGGACACCGACUCGACAGCGGAUAAGGACCCGUCCACGAUUCGCAUCUCCGGUCGUGGCUCCGUCGACGCCAAAGGCAGCGUCGCAGCCCAAAUCUUCGCUGCUCUCGACGUUCUUGAGCAAAAUCCCAGUGCACCCCUGGGCUUACUCUUUGUCGUCGGCGAAGAAACCGGUGGAGAUGGCAUGCGAGCAUUCUCCGAAUCCUCACUCAACCCCGCUCCUUCCGCCUUCCACACUGUGAUCUUCGGUGAACCCACCGAACUCGCUCUCGUCUCCGGCCACAAGGGCAUGCUGGGCUUCGAAAUCGUCGCCAAGGGCCAUGCUGCCCACUCCGGAUACCCCUGGCUCGGCCGCAGCGCCAUUUCCGCCGUCCUCCCGGCACUCUCCCGGGUCGACCAGCUGGGCAACAUCCCUGCCGACAAGGGCGGUCUCCCUUCCAGCCCGAAGUACGGUAACACAACCGUCAACAUUGGCAGAGUAGAAGCCGGUGUCGCUGCCAACGUCGUCCCCGCCAUUGCUCGCGCUGACGUCGCCGUGCGUCUGGCCGCGGGCACCCCUGACGAGGCACGGGAUAUCGUCCGACGAGCCGUGCGCGAUGCCACGGAUGGCAACCCCGAUGUGUACGCGGAGUUCAGCACCCGCUCCGAAGGAUAUCCUCCUCAGGACCUAGAUACGGACGUUGAUGGCUUCGACAUUACGACGGUAAACUACGGUACGGAUGUGCCGAAUCUGCAGAUCCACGAGCGUGAGGACGGCCCCGUUCGUCGUUACCUGUAUGGUCCCGGCAGUAUCCAUGUUGCCCAUGGGGAUAAUGAAGCUAUAACUGUUGGGGAUCUGCAGGAGGCUGUUCACGGAUAUCGGAAGUUGAUUGAGGCGGCUUCGCAGCGUCGUUAAGAUUGAUCCUCGGUUUGCGUGCGAUGUUAUAUACCCAUGUAUCUCACAUCGAGGUAACUUUAAAGUUAGAGCAUAUAUGCCCUAGUUGCUUUAGAUCGAAGUUUGAUUUGCUUCACGAAACCUGUCAACGACGGAGAGACGAUGGCAGUGUAUUAUUCCCAAGGAAUCGCGUC